AUGAUCAGACGAACUUUCCUGGCGGAAUUUGUAAGAAGAAGCGAGGAUAUUGGGUCAAGCAGUGAUGAAGAAGUUGUUCAGGUAUCACAGAGAUCCAUGUCAUUAUCCAAUUGUGAAAACACACACAGAACGUUCUGGAGCUGCUACGAGGAACUAGUAGCAGUAAAGUUACCGAUAGAUGUAGAAGAAACCAAAAGUCCGAUUGCGUCAGAGCUAGACAGAUAUCUAAGUGAAGUUCUGCUACUCAAAGACCUAUGUCCAUAUGGCUGGUGGGCUAAGAAUAAACACAAGUUCCCUAAUAUGAGUUGUUCCUAA